AUGUUGUCGUUAUUGCAGCUGGCGUGUGCUUUGGUUGUCCCGCCGUUGGUGCAACAGGCUGGCGCCAAUCCCUACCCUCAUAUUCGGCAACAGUAUGCACCAGAUUCGAUGGGCGCUGUAGCAAGCGAGAGCAGUGUUUGCACUGAGAUUGGUAUUGCUCUGCUCCAGGAGGGUGGGAAUGCUGCAGAUGCGCUCGUCGGGACUGUGUUUUGCACUGGAGUUAUUGGGAUGUACCACAGCGGUAUCGGUGGUGGGGGUUUCAUGAUCGUCCGCAGUUCAAAUGGGAGCUACGAAGUGAUAGAUUUUCGAGAGACAGCCCCAGCCGCUGCUUUUCAGGACAUGUAUAACAAUAACGCCAAUGCGAGCAUUUUCGGAGGUUUGGCGAGUGGAGUUCCAGGAGAAGUCCGAGGCCUGGCUCAUUUGCACCAGAAUUACGGGAAACUCCCUUGGAAGCAGGUAAUGCAAGGAGCCAUCAAGAUCGCCAGAUAUGGCUGGACAGUAAGCGAGGAUUUGGUGCGUUAUAUGCAAUCUGGCAUGGCUUCCGCCGCGGUGCCAAAUUUCCUCGUGGACGAUCCAAACUGGGCAAUCGAUUUCGCACCCAACGGAACUUUACUUGGGGCCGGAGACACGAUAACACGGAAGAGAUAUGCCGACACGCUCGAAGCCAUUGCCGAGCAAGGUCCUGAUGCGUUUUACAAUGGGCCGAUUGCAGAGGCUACGAUUGCGGCGGUGCAAGCAGCGAACGGAACCAUGACACUCGAAGAUCUGCAUAAUUACACCGUCGCCGUUCGACCAACAGCUAAUAUCACGUAUCGGGGAUAUCGUCUGUUCAGUUGUAGUGCCCCGAGCUCUGGCGAGGUCGCCCUCUCCGUCUUGAAGACCCUAGAAUUAUAUCCCGAUUUCUAUCACGCCGGCACGGUAAAUCUGAGCACCCAUCGACUCGACGAAGCGAUUAGAUUUGGAUAUGGGGAGAGAACCAGUCUUGGUGAUCCUUCGUUUGUGCACAACCUGUCAGCAUUCCAAGAUGAAAUGCUCUCUGAGGCAUCGGCACGGUAUAUUCGGAGCAAAAUUUCAGACCGCCGGACGUUGAAUGUCUCAGCGUACGAUCCGGCAGGUAUCGAAUCGCUGGAGACCCCAGGCACUUCUCACAUUGUUACGGCCGAUGCCUCGGGCAUGGCUGUCUCCCUGACUACGACGAUCAACUUGUUGUUUGGGUCGCAGGUUCUGGUCCCUGAAACAGGUGUAAUCAUGAACAACGAAAUGAACGACUUCUCCAUUCCUGGAUCAUCGAAUGCCUUUGGUUAUGUUCCGAGUCCGUCAAACUAUGUGCGCCCGGGGAAGAGACCACUGUCAUCCAUCUCGCCCACGAUAGUUGAAUUCGGGAAUGGAACACUUUACUAUGUGACUGGAGCUGCAGGAGGGUCGCGGAUCAUUACGGCCACGAUUCAGAGUCUUGUCCAUGUGCUUGACCAGAACAUGACAGCUCCGCAGGCUCUAGCCCAGCCACGCCUUCAUGAUCAGCUCAUUCCGAAUCAGGUGUCGUUUGAGUAUGCUUACAACAAUGAGACUGUCGCCUUCAUGAAGUCGAGGGGCCAUAACGUUACCUUCGUUGCGCCUGGCCAGAGCUCAGCCCAAAGCAUUCGACGGUUACCUAAUGGCACAUUUGAAGCCGCAGGUGAGCCUCGGCAGAAAAACAGUGCAGGUUUGGCAAUAUAA